AUGGUGGCAAUCUCUACAAUGCCAGUAACACGCCCUCAGCAAUUUGUACUGGUCCCGCGCUAUGAGGGCCCCGCCGACAGGAGCUAUAUAACGAGAAACUGCAACAUCACACUGAUAGCAGUGUCGUCAGCAGUAGUAAUAGCGAGGAUUUAUACGAGGAAAUAUAUUUCGAAUAGUUUGGGCUUGGAUGAUUUGGCGGCUUUUGUUGCGCUGAUAUUUGCAGUGACAACAGCUAGUUUAGAGCUUGAUGCUAUCAACUUUGGAAUGGGCCGACAAAUCGACGAAGUGGAUCCGGCGGACUUAGAAAAGUUCUUUAUGACUCUUCCAAUAUUUCAACUUGUUACAUUUAAUGCUGUCUAUUUCGUCCGAUUAUCGGGUGUUUUAUUCAUUCGCCGCCUGAUCUCUGGUGUCAAGGCCAGUAUGGGAGUUUGGGUCGCAACAGGAAUAUUAACAGUUCAGCACUUCAUUUUCUUCUUCGUUUUUCUACUGCAGUGCCAGCCGGUUCGAGCGCUUUGGCUACACGAUCUUCCAAAGAAAUGUAUGAGCAGAGAGGCGGAAGCGCAUUUGAUGUAUACCCAUAGUGGACUUGGGAUUGGAAUUGAUGUGGCACUAUUCGCUGUGCCAAUGAUAUUUGUGUGGAAGCAUAUCUGGAACCACAAAAUGAGAUUUCGGAUUGCAUUGCUGCUGAGUGUUGGGUCGUUUGUCGUUGUUGCGGGGAUUAUCAGGUUAUCUAUCAUUACCACUGUGGAUAUGGGAACAAAUACAACCUGGAACAUAACCUUCGCUGCCCUAUGGACGCAACUAGAGAUACAUACUGGGCUGAUUAUGCUCUGUUUCCCGUCACUCAACCCAGUCUUCCGGCGCGUCAAACAGCGCAUCACCGGCGCAACAAUGACCACCAGCUUCAGCGGCGCCGGACAAAAAGGGACAUACCCAAAGCCAGGGCCGAGUGUGGAGUUGUAUACAAUGGGCCAGUCAAGCGAGAGGAGGAACAAGAUCGUGCGGGAUUCCACCGUGGAUAACGAGAGCCAGGAGAGGAUUGUGCAACCUAAUGUUAUACAUAAGUCAACGAACAUAGAAAUCUCCGUAGAGAACAUGGCAGGAGGAUCUAUGGAAGAUACUAGGAUAAAAGAUGGGGCUUCGGCGGUUUCUUACGAGCGGGAGGGUAAAAUAUGA